GUUUAUUUUUUUAAUUAAUAUUGUGAUUAGGUACAGUGCUCUUUUUUUAAAUAAACGUCAAAUCUGAUCCAUUGUUAUCCUUUAUUAGCUCCAUUAUCAUUAUAGCUCAGUUCAAGAAAUCCACUCUCGCCGGCUGCUGAGCCGUCCCAUUCGGUGGUGGCGUCGACGUUUUUUUUUUUUUGUCUCUGUUUCGAUCCCUCUCGAAAUUCACAGCUCAGCUUUUGCCCUCUUCUCCGAUUUCGUGUCCCCAUUAUGCGCCCCUCAUCCUGAGAGGGAUUAUUAGAUCGUAAAGGUUGGAGCUAUUUUGCGCUACCGCUCGCCGCCGUCGAAACCCAGAGAAAGGUACGCUCGAGAAUUGAAGUUUCACUGUUUGGAUUUUGUCGAUUACGAUUUUUGGGUUGUUGUUGCUGAUGUGCUUGAAUUUAAUCUGCUGGAUUUGAUUGAUGUUCUUUCGUUGUUGGUAACUGGGGAUUGUAUAAAGAUAUGAACUUUCGGGUUUGCUUGAGAAAUUGCAGCAGGUUUUGUUUGUGUUUAGGCUGUUGAUUAUUGGUGGGUUUCUGGUUUAGGUAAUCGGAUUCGUUUUUUUUUUAAUAAAUUCAGGUGGGGUUCUUCAAUUGCUAGGCUUUGCCUGCAGUCGGUUUGUUUGAUCCGUGUUUAUACAAUGGCCCAGACAAGGGAAAAGUGCGGUGACCUGAUGCAAUGGCUUGGAGUUGACAUGUUUAUUCAGGUUCUGAUGCAUUUGGAUGAUCCUUCUGAUCUCGUUCGUCUUUGUGCCGUUUCAAGUUCUUGGCGCCGGUUUGUGAUUGAACAUGGCAUCUGCAAACAGCUCUGCUUGAGGAAGUUUCCUGGAAUGUGUAGUAACGUUGAUCUCAUUGAAGUGGAUAAUCUGAUUGAACCGGUAGGUCGGAUUAGUGACUGUAGAAGGAGCUGGGAGUGGCUCAAGAGGAACCAUAGAGUCUACGCGUUUCUGGCACGUGGCCUUUCUCCAGUUGUGACGAAAGACUGCAUCUCGGAGGCCAUCUGUGCAUCCAGCACAGAUAAUUACCCAGAAGAGACGAUUCAGAAUACCUUGGAGGCAGGCGAUAGAGUUGAGGAUCGAGCAUCCUACUGGUCUAGUAAAGGGCAAGCCAAUCCAGACGUUCCUGAGAGAUUAGUUUACAAGUUGGCAUCCAAGUUAUGUCUAGUCACUGAAAUCCAUGUUCAGCCUUUUCAAGCGUACUUCCAGUAUGGGUUCCCUAUAUACUCAUCAAAAAGCGUUCGGUUUAGACUCGGUCAUUCCAAGUUCCCAAUGGAGUUGGAGGAUGAUAUAGCGAUUGUUACCUAUGGCCAUAGACCAAGAGAUGACCAUUUUGUCUGGUCUUACACCUCCCCUGAAUUUCCCAUGGCUCAGGAAAGCCAACUGCAAAAAUUCAAGCUGCCAGAACCGGUACUUUGCAUAGGAGGGAUUCUGCAAGUUGAGCUACUUGGCAGAGCUCAGAGACAAGAGAUAGAUGGUUUACAUUACAUCUGUCUCUCUCAUGUUCAAGCAGCUGGACAGCAGCUCAUGAAACCAUUUGACGUCGAGCUAACUGACUCCACUGGAGAGUGCUCCUUAGAGUACACUCCCGAAACAGAAUCUAGUGAAGCGGCCAGUGCAUCCCUACGAGGGAGAAGAAUUGCAGCUUCUCUUUUGCGCAGUUUUGUUGUCAGACUUUUGGGGAGAGAAUCAAGGGAUCAAGGGGAUGCCUCCCACCAGGCUAGCUCCUGAGUGUGAAGAUUGUCAUAAGAGCGACCAAUUGCCGAUCAUCGGUCAUGAACUACUUGAAGCCAUCUCCAUGCUAUGGCUUCGGUUACUAUGGGGGCAUUCGUUAUCAUCGAUUACCAUUGAUAAUGAAAAUGUAUAUCAUAUUAGCUUACUAGUUAUCAUCAUAGUACAUUACAAAUUGCACGACCAGAAACACGGAAAGGAAUAAUGGCAGCUAUUACCU